CGAUCCGAGACCUUGGAAUUUUUCUAGAACGCAAUCACCCGUUGAAUCGAACACAUCGUGUCCCAGUGUUGAGUGAAUUUUUCCGUCGAAAUGGCACCCAAAACCAGUGGAAAAGCUGCGAAGAAGUCUGGCAAAGCCCAGAAAAAUAUUUCCAAGUCCGACAAGAAAAAGAAGCGCAAGACCCGCAAGGAAAGCUACGCUAUUUACAUCUACAAAGUGUUGAAGCAAGUCCACCCGGAUACUGGCAUCUCUUCGAAGGCCAUGAGCAUCAUGAACAGUUUCGUCAACGAUAUCUUCGAACGCAUUGCUGCUGAGGCGUCCCGCUUGGCGCACUACAACAAACGUUCGACGAUCACGUCCCGCGAAAUCCAAACCGCUGUUCGUCUGCUGCUGCCUGGUGAGCUUGCCAAGCACGCCGUCUCUGAAGGAACGAAGGCUGUCACAAAGUACACCAGCUCGAAGUAAGCCACUGAAAUGAUUGGCUUCGUUCUCUCAAAUCGGUCCUUUUCAGGACCACCAAUCGCAUUCAAACAAAGAAUUAUCCUUCGUUUCAUCUGCACCAGCGAAUUAGCGCUGUAAUUUCAGGGUGUCCGUCUUCGUCAACGUUAUUGUUCAGUUUGUUGCGUUUGCCUGUAAUGUAGUUUGUUUGCGAACUAUGUCUUCCACAUCAUUGGAAACAAUGAUGCUGUGAUUGACAUUAAUGUUCUGCGUUGUUCAUUGUAAAUAUUAAUGUUAAAUAGAACCUUAGCACGUUUACAAAAACAUUACAAAAAAGUCCGCACUGGUUGGAAGCGUUUUGCGAGGUGAAAUUGUACAUGGAGUUUCGUGUAUCAUGAAUUAUGAAUAGAAGUCGUUUCGCUCGUGGUAUGAGAAUCAUUUUUUUAAUUUAAAUUUUCCUCGCGCAUACGAGGAUAAUUUAUCGACAAAGCAACCAAUUGCAGCUUAUGUGUCGUGAGUUAAAUGUUGUAAUAGAUUUGUUCGAUUUUAAUGUUGCUUUAUAAGUAUUGAAGGUUCGUUU